AUGGGUCUCGCGGCACCUAAGAACCGGAUUCGCAUCUCCAAUGACCCGCAAAACACCACCUGGGCGAACAACACCUCCCGCUUCGGUCACCGCGUCCUGACCUCUCACGGCUGGACGCCCGGUGCCUCCCUCGGAGCCGUCGAUGCCGCGCACUCGUCCCACUACACCGCCGCCUCGCACUCGCAUAUCCGCGUGCUCCUUAAGGACGACACUCUUGGCCUGGGAGCGAAGCGUGGCAGCGAGCGGCCGGAGAAUUUCGGCCUCGCGGGCCUGGCGAACGUGCUCGGCCGCUUGAAUGGCAAGGAGACGGAGGUGAAGAAGGAGGAAGAGAGGAGGGUCGAGGUCGAGAGGAAGGGGUAUGUGACUAGGAGGUAUGGGUUCAUGAACUUCGUUAGCGGCGGGUUCCUGGUCGGCGACAAGAUUGAGAAGAAGAGCCGCAAGGAGGUCGAGGCGGAGUUUAACAGUGUGAUCAAGAAAGAGGAAGAGGAGAGCGAUGCGGAGGAGAAGAAGGACAAGUCGAAGAAGAGGAAGAGGUCGAAGGAUGACGACGACGAGUUAGAGAAGAUCAAGGAGGAAGAGAACGAAGACGACGAGCCCAAACUGAAGAGGAAGAAGAAGAGCAUGAACCUCCGCGAAGCCGCAGCCGCAGAAGACGCCGCCGCAGCAGCAGCAGCAUCCAAAUCCAAAAAGGAAAAGAAAGACAAGAAGAAGUCGACGAAAUCUUCAUCCGCAUCCGAACAAGACAUAGGAGCGGCCUCAUCUGCCUCAGAAGAAGCACCUCUCUCGGACAAGGCCAGACGGAAAGCCGAGAAGCGCGCCCGCAAGGAGGAGAAGAAGCUCAAGAAGGCUCUUAAGAAGGCCGCCAAGCAAGCUGCCCGUGCCAACAAGGAGGACGCAUCAGACUCGUCUUCAGACGACGAUGCGGAGACGAGCACCACCGCGACACCCACCACAUCCUCCGCCCCAACGACGGGCACUUCGACGCCAGUUGGACUCACGUUCGCGGCGGGCGGCAGACACGCUGCCAGGGCGAAGUACAUUCGGCAGAAGAAGAUGGCGGGUAUGGACCCGCAGGCUUUGAGAGAGAUUUUCAUGAUCAAGACGCCAUCGUAGAGAGAAGGAUGUUGCGGAGAGUAUGUUCCAAAAAG